AUGGCUCCUAAUCCUCCUGAUCCCGAAGAAAUUCCAGAGGUUUGCAGAGAUGUUUUGAUCAAAUAUACGGAGUACGUGAUGAAACUGGGGCUUACUCUAUAUGAGCUACUCUCAGAAGCUUUAGGACUCAACCCAAAUCAUUUGGAAGACAUAGAAUGCGCGGAGGGGCUUUUCUUAGCUGGCCAUUAUUAUCCGGCAUGCCCUAAACCAGAAUUCACUUUAGGCCUUAGCGGCCACACAGAUAGCGGGUUCUUGACUAUUCUACAACAAGAUCAAAUUGGUGGCCUUCAAGUCUUUCAUGAGCAUAAGUGGGUUGAUGUACCUUUCCUGCCUGGAGCUCUAAUAGUGAACAUUGGUGACUUAAUGCAGUUAAUCACAAAUGAUAAGUUCAACAGUGUUCUUCACCGUGUGCUGGCUAAAAAUGUCGGACCAAGAAUAUCAGUUGCAUGUCUUUUCAGAAUGCAAUUUCAAAAGGCAGAAUCCAGACUAUACGGGCCAAUCAAGGAGUUGUUAUCAGAGGAAAACCCUCCAAUAUAUCGGGAACCAAGCAGAAAUGAGUACGUUGCUUAUCUAUACAACAAAGGGCUCGAUGGAACGUCUUUAUUGUCACAAUAUUUCAAAGUACAGAAAGAGUGACAGGCUCUGA